UCCACGAUGGCCUCCAGGAUUAACUUCCUCUCUUGGUAGACCUACACACCCGUCUGCGUCCGUUUGCAGAGCCGAUCACAGCCGAGGAAACUCCAUAAUGUAAAUGCAUCUCGCCGCUUUUUUUUUGAGAAACCCCAGGCUUUGGGCCAUGAGCCUUAGAGGAUCUCCCAGGACCAGCAUUCCCGUGCUUUGGAUUUAGGCUCCCUUCUUGGACUCCUGUCCCGGGUCUGCAGCGGUGGCUGUUGGUGGCGGGCGCAGCGGCGGCGGCGGUGGGAGGACCUCUCCACCCGGGAACACGGGGAUAACUUUACAAAACCAGGCGCCGCCAUGAGGAUAUCCGCCGCCUCUCGUCUCUGUCCCGUCCUGGUCUGCCUCUGCUUCGUCCAGAGGUGCUGCGGGGGCGCCCACCACGUCCCCACCAAAGUGCCCUCCAAGAACCAGACCAGGCUCGCCAACGGGGAGACGGAGGUGCACCACCGGCCCAAGCGCGGCUGGAUCUGGAACCAAUUCUUUGUUUUAGAAGAACACAUGGGACCAGACGCGCAGUAUGUGGGAAAGCUUCACUCAAACUCAGAUAAAGGCGACGGAUCUGUCAGGUACAUUCUGAGCGGGGAAGGAGCCGGGACUAUAUUUAUCAUCGAUGAAGUGACGGGAGAUAUUCAUGCCACGAAGAGCCUGGAUCGGGAGAGGAAAACGCAUUACGUCCUGCAUGCACAAGCCUUGGACCGCAACACAGAGGAGGCCCUGGAACCAAAGUCGGAAUUCAUCAUCAAAGUACAAGACAUCAAUGACAAUGCACCCAAAUUUCCAGAUGGACCCUUUGUAGCUACGGUGCCUGAGAUGUCUGAAGUGGGCACAUCUGUGUUGCAAGUCACAGCGACUGAUGCCGACGACCCCACCUAUGGAAACAGUGCCAGGAUAGUCUACAGCAUUCUACAAGGACAGCCAUAUUUUUCUGUUGACCCCAAAACAGGAAUCAUCAGGACUGCCUUAUCUAACAUGGACCGGGAAGCCAGGGAACACUACACCGUCGUCAUCCAAGCCAAAGACAUGGCAGGCCAGGUUGGAGGCCUCUCCGGUUCCACCACCAUCAACAUCACUCUGACAGACGUCAACGACAACCCGCCCAAGUUUCCACAAAAAAAUUACCAGCUCUACGUCCCCGAAUCAGCCCAAGUCGGGAAGCCGGUGGGGAAGAUCAAAGCCAACGACGAGGACCUCGGCGUCAACGCAGACAUCAAGUACAGCAUCAUUAACUCGGAGGGGGCCAACAUGUUCUCCAUAUCCACAGACAGAGACACGAGGGAGGGGAUCAUCAGCCUGAAGAAGCAGCCUUUGAACUACGAGAGGAAGAAGACCUACACUCUCCACAUCGAGGGAGUGAACACUCAUGUGGAUCCCCGCUUCUCCUAUCUCGGCUCUUUCAAAGACACCGCCACCCUUAAGAUCACAGUGGGGGACGUGGACGAGGCGCCUGUCUUUUCUAUGGAUUAUUAUAUCUUGGAUGUUUAUGAGAACUCACCAGGUGGCACUGAGGUGGGCUCAGUUACAGCUCGAGACCCCGACAGCAGGAACAGUCCCGUUAGAUAUUUCAUGGACAGUAAAGAAGACGGAGUGCGGUACUUCAAAAUCGAUGACAGCAGCGGCGUCAUACGUACAACGCAGCCCCUGGACAGGGAAGACAUGCCCUGGCACAACAUCACUGUGAUGGCCUCGGAGGUUGACAAUCCCACCCUCCUCAACCAUGUUCCCGUCACCGUCCAGGUCCUGGACGUCAACGACAACCCUCCAGAAAUAUCCACCGAAGAGGAUGUCAUCGUGUGCGAGAGCUCCAGGCCGGGACAGUUGAUCCAGACUGUCACCGCAGUGGAUAAGGAUGACUUUGCCAAUGGACAGCGGUUUUCGUUUGCAUUGCCGAGCCAGCUACCAGUUAAUCCCAACUUCACCCUGAAGGACAAUGAAGACAGCUCAGCCAGCAUCAUUGCCAGGCGGCGCCGAUUCAACCACCUGACUCAGGAGCUGUACGAGCUGCCCAUUGUGGUGUGGGACGGCGGGGAGCCGUCGCUGAGCGGCACCAGCACCUUGACCCUGCGGGUGUGCCCGUGCCAGCGCCACGGCAGGAUCCGCAUGUGCCAGAGCGAGGCGUUCCUCUCCUCGGCGGGCCUCAGCACGGGCGCUCUCAUCGCCAUCCUGCUGUGCAUCAUCAUCCUGUUGGCCAUCGUGGUUCUGUUCAUCACGUUGAGGCGGAGCAAAAAGGAGCCCCUCAUCAUCUCGGAGGAGGACAUCAGAGAGAACGUGGUCACGUACGACGACGAGGGCGGCGGCGAGGAGGACACCGAGGCCUUCGACAUCAUCGCCCUGCGGAACCCGGCCGCCGCCGAGGAGCUCAAGUUCCGGCGGGACAUUCGGCCGGAGGCCAGGAAACAUUGCGGGCCGCCGCGCAGCCGCCGGAGUCCGUCGGUGGAGCCGGACGAGGUGGACGUGCACGAGUUCAUCAAGCAGAGACUGGUGGAGGCCGACAUGGACACCAGCGUGCCGCCGUACGACUCCCUGCAGACCUACGCGUACGAGGGCCAGGGCUCGCCCACGGGCUCCAUCAGCCCGCUAGACUCUCCCGGCACGCAGUCGGAGCAGGAUUACAACUACCUGGACGACUGGGGGCCCGAGUUCCAGAAACUGGCAGAACUCUACGGGGAGGUGGAGUCAGACGUGACGACCUAGUCUGUGAAUCAAAACCAAAUCUGUUCGUUUCCUCAGAUUUUACAGCGGACAAACGACACGAACAAACAGAAAUGCUUUCAAACUGUUUCAGUGGAUUUCAACUUCUGAUGUUGAACUAAAAAACAAACUGCUUAUUUUUAAUUUUUUUUCCCCCAUUUUGUUUUUUUUUUUCAUUU